GUACGGGGCGGGAGCCUCGGGAGCUGGCGCCCGGAUCCGCACCCCAAGAACUCCAGCCGCGGGGUCCACGUGGACCCUGGGCCGCGGCGGGACUGGAGCCAUUCCCCCGCGCGUGGGGGAGGGGGCGCUGCAACCGGUUCCCCUUUUUCUGCAGCUCAAAGCCUGGGGAAGUGAUUGCUCAAAGGGGGGGCCCGGAAGAACCCAGGUUUCCGCGUCUCCCGCCCACCCCCCCAGCCUGGUGGGGAGGGGCCGAGGCGGGACACCCUGUCCGCCCCCGCCCCCACCCCCUUGGAUCUGGCAGCCACUCACCCUGCAAGGCGCAGGGGAGGCGCUGCGCCCCCGGCCCCAGCUGAUCCGGGGCUCCCGGCGCCGGCCUCCCUCCAGAACGCCGCAGGAGUACCUCCUGCCGUCUGACUCGAGUCCCUGCUGCUGCAGUGCACGCCCCUUCGGCAGCCAGGGUGGGGCCCAGAGGGAACCUGGCCCCUCCCGCCCCCACCUCGCCUUUGGGUCGAUGACUCCCAGGCUGUGGUGAGGGUCCCGGAGCCAGCACCACGGAGCCCGGGCGACCUCCUCCACCCACCCAUGCCCACCCCGCAUGAGACUGAGAAGCAGCACGUAGGGCCAGAGGAGGCAGACCAGCCCCCCUCGAUGUCCAGUCAUGACGCGGCCCCCCCGGCUGCCCCCAGCCGCAACCCCUGCUGCUUGUGCUGGUGUUGCUGUUGCAGCUGUUCCUGGAAUGAAGAGCGGCGGCGAGCAUGGCGGGUCUCCCGGGAGAACAAGCUGCAGCCUCUCCCCAGUUGUGAGGCAUGCGCCACGCCGAGCCCUGAGGAGGUGCGGAGCUGGGCGCAGUCCUUCGACAAGCUGAUGCACAGCCCAGCGGGACGAAGCGUGUUCCGGGAGUUCCUGCGCACGGAGUACAGCGAGGAGAACAUGCUCUUCUGGCUGGCCUGUGAGGAGCUCAAGGCUGAGGCCAACCAGCACGUGGUGGACGAGAAGGCCAGGCUCAUCUAUGAGGACUACGUGUCCAUCCUGUCCCCCAAGGAGGUGAGCCUGGACUCCCGAGUGCGAGAAGGCAUCAACAAGAAGAUGCAGGAGCCGUCCGCACACACAUUUGACGAUGCACAGCUGCAGAUCUACACACUCAUGCACCGGGACUCCUACCCCCGCUUCCUCAGCUCCCCCACCUACCGUGCCCUGCUGCUCCGGGGGAGCUCCCAGUCCUCCAGUGAGGCCUAGGCUGCCCAUCACAGCGGCACAGACACGGGACCCCUCCAGUGGGCAAAGACUGGGUUGCCUGCA